CCUCAUGGUAGUGAUCACUUGCCCAUUAUAACCACCAUAAAACAUAAUUGCGAAAGGUCAGACGAGCCAAUUCAGGUUCCUUUUGACCUCACUAGGAAUAUCGAUUGGCAAAAGUAUGCAGAAGCGGUAUCUUUUGGGGUUGAAUCAUCCAAUCCUCUCCCACCUUUGGAUGAGUAUCGAUUCCUGUCUGAACUGAUUUACAGAAGUGCAUUAGAAUCACAAAAACGACGCGUUCCAGGUGCAACCUUCAAAAGAAGACCAGCCACACUUGGCUGGGAUGAUGAUUGCACUCAAUUGUAUCUUAAAAAAUCUGAUGCCUUCAAAGCUUUUCGUAGGCAUGGCACCUCGGAUCUUUUUCAAGAGUACGCAAAGCUUGAAAGACAACUGAGGAACUUGCUAAAAGCGAAAAAGCGUAGUUAUUGGCGACACUUCAUUGAGGGUCUCUCAAGAGAAACUUCGAUGACAACGCUUUGGAGAGUGGCUCGCAACAUGCGAAACCGCUCAUCUUCUAAUGAGAGUGACGAAUACUCCAAUCGUUGGAUAUUCAGCUUCGCGAAAAAAGUCUGCCCAGACUCAGUCCCAGCACCACCGAUUUCUUGGGAAUCAAUCUCAAGAGACGGUUCUCUGGACAGACCAUUCUCAAUGCUGGAAUUUUCUAUAGCUCUUCUUUCAUCAAACAAUUCUUCUCCGGGACGCGAUAUGAUAAAGUUCAAUCUUCUUAAGAAUCUCCCAGAUAUCGCAAAAAGACGAUUACUAGACCUGUUCAAUUCAUUCAUGGAGAACAACAUCGUUCCGCAUGAAUGGAGACAGGUCAAAGUAAUAGCUAUUCAAAAGCCUGGUAAACCAGCGUCUGAUCAUAAUUCAUACCGCCCAAUUGCUAUGUUAUCAUGUUUAAGGAAAUUGUUGGAAAAAAUGAUCCUAUCGCGACUUGACCAUUGGGUUGAAUCGAAUAACUUGCUUUCAAAUACACAAUUCGGGUUCCGCAAGGGCAAAGGAACAAACGAUUGUCUAGCGUUGCUUUCAACAGAUAUUCAACUGGCCUUUGCGGAAAAGGAGCAAUUGGCUUCAGUUUUCUUGGAUAUUAAGGGCGCUUUUGAUUCAGUUUCCAUAGAAAUAUUGUCAGAAAAACUGCACAAUAGUGGACUACCCGGACUUUUAAACAAUUUCUUGUAUAAUUUGUUGUCAGAAAAACAUAUGAGCUUCAAUCUCGGACAACUGACAACUUCCAGAAUUAGCUACAUGGGCCUACCCCAAGGCUCAUGUUUAAGUCCCUUGCUUUAUAAUUUCUACGUGAAAGACAUUGAUAGCUGUCUGGAAGGACAAUGCACGCUAAGACAACUUGCAGAUGAUGCUGUGGUUUCUCUCAAAGGCCCACAUGCAGAAAUGUUGCAAAGACCAUUGCAAAAUUCUUUAAACAAUCUUUCCAUUUGGGCAAGAAAUUUAGGGAUCGAGUUUUCUCCGCAAAAAACUCAAUUGGUUGUGUUUUCUAGAAAGCGGAACCCAGCCCAACUGAAACUCAAUCUUUUGGGAAUAGAAAUCGACCAAUCUUUGACUUCGAAAUACCUUGGGGUCUGGUUUGAUUCAAAAGGCACUUGGGGUACCCAAAUCAAGUAUUUGGUGCAAAAAUGUCAACAAAGGAUCAAUUUUCUACGCACAAUUACCGGAACAUGGUGGGCAACACACUUGUGAUUGAAAACUUCGAAGAAAUGCUCACUCUGAAUACUCAGUCAAAAUUUAUGAGAAUCUAUCUUUUCUACAUGUCAUCUGACAUAAGCCUCCCAGGUUAUAAUCCACCUCGUGUACACUUCACCAAUGACAGUUCCUCUGUUAAAUACGAUCUGUCCAUGAAACAAGCUAUUCAUGGAAUUCCAGAUCAACUUCGAUGUAUAUCUAUUCCUCGCAUUUUUAACGAAAAGUACCAACAUGUCAAUUCCUGUAAGAGAAUCUUUACUGAUGGAUCUCGCAUAAAUGGAUCCACUGGUUUCGGUGUCUUCAACGAAAAUUCCACCGCCUUCCGCAAACUUCAGGAACCUUGCUCGGUUUAUGUUGCUGAGCUGGCAGCAAUCAACUUCGCUUUGGGGAUGAUUUCCAACAUGCCCGUAGACCAUUUCUUCAUCUUCUCGGAUAGCCUUAGUUCUAUUGAGGCACUCCGGUCGAUGAAACCUGUAAAACAUCCAUCUUACUUUCUUACAAAAAUAAGGGAGCAGAUGGGUACACUGGUCGAAAGAUCAUACAAGAUUACCUUUGUAUGGGUCCCCUCGCAUUGCUCAAUUUAUGGCAAUGAGAAGGCGGACUCUCUCGCAAAGGUGGGCGCUCAGGAAGGUGAGUUCUAUGAUAGAAGAAUUUCACAUGAUGAAUUUUUCCAUUUUGUUCGCCAGAGUUCUCUUCAAAGUUGGCAAAAUGAUUGGCGAGAUGGCCAGCUGGGACGGUGGUUACAUUCCAUUAUUCCUAAUGUUUCCUUGCGAGCGUGGUGGCAUGGUUUGGAUAUAAGUCGAAAUUUCAUUCGCGUAAUGUCAAGGCUUAUGUCCAACCAUUACUCGCUAGAUGCGCAUUUACACAGGAUUAACCUCGCGUUGAGCAAUGUUUGUACUAAGUGCGGUUCCGGUUAUGAUGACAUCGACCACGUAGUUUGGCAAUGCCCGGAUAAUGACGCCUCCAGAGCACUACUUUUGGAUACCCUUGAGGCCCGAGGUAGACAACCCUUUGUUCUUGUGAGAGAUGUGCUGGGCACUCGCGAUGUCACUUAUAUGCUAUGCAUUUACGACUUUCUUCGUUUGUCUUGUAUAAAGGUUUAAUUCUCUUGUGUUUUCUCCCCCAGUUUUUUUUUCUCUGUUUUCGUCUUUGUGUUGUUCCUGGCCAUCCGGCAGACGAAAAGCCCGCUACAAUCUGGUGCUGAAUCACUAUGAAGACAACGAACACGCCAUUACGAUAUACCUUCCGGAUGAGCUUCAGAGAACCCUUACCCCCAGUCCUUACCACGCCCAUCCUAAAAGCAUAUGUGACCCACUAAUCUCGAGCUGCCACGAGUAUCCUGGCUCCAUCCCGUACUAACUAUGUUGAAUAAGAAUCAUAUUUGUACAUAAAAUACAAAAAAUGAGUUUUGGCUCCGCAAAGCGUUAAACGCGAUUGAGCCCCAAAUAAAUGAACUAGUUAAAAAAAAAAAAAAAA